UUUCCCUGAUGUGGAACGAGCAGAGUGGCUGAACAAGGUCCUUGUACAGGCUUGGCCAUACUUCACAACAAUUAUGGAAAAAACCUUUAAAGAAGUUCUUGAACCGAAAAUCAGAGCAAAGCACGUGCGUCUGAAAACGUGCACCUUUACAAAGAUCAACUUUGGCGAGAAGUGCCCUAGAAUUAAUGGAAUAAAAGUCUACACCAAAGAAAUUGAUAGAAGACAAGUUACUCUGGACCUGCAGAUAUGUUACGUAGGGGACUGUGAGCUUCAUAUGGACAUAGCGAAAUUUAAGCUUGGAGUGAAAGGCGUGCAGUUGUAUGGGACGCUGCGGGUGAUACUGGAACCUCUCCUAAAUGAUGCACCUUUUAUUGGAGCAGUGACGCUGUUUUUUAUGCAGAGACCGCACUUGGAAAUCAACUGGACCGGCAUGAGCAACCUCCUGGAUGUCCCAGGGAUUAAUGUAAUGUCGGACUCGAUAAUUCAGGACUUCAUUGCCUCGCGGCUGGUUCUACCAAACAGAGUCACGGUGCCUCUGAAGAAGAACAUGAACAUUGCCCUCCUGAGGUUCCCUGUCCCAUAUGGAGUAGUAAGAGUUCAUCUGCUGGAAGCUGAAAACCUUGUCCAGAAGGACAGUUUCCUCGGUGCCAUCAGGGGAAAGUCUGACCCAUACGCUCUGCUUCGCGUUGGCACAGUGCAGCACCGAAGCAAGACGGUCUCCCGAGAUCUCAACCCCCUCUGGAAUGAGACCUUUGAGUUUGUGGUUCAUGAAGUACCUGGUCAGGAUUUGGAAGUGGACUUGUAUGAUGAAGAUCCAGAUAAAGAUGACUUUAUGGGCAGAGGAGUUCCCUGUAGCACUUUUGACACCCUCUCCUCAUUCUCCCAGAAAAUGCACAAAAUCCCGUGGUUUCCCUUAAGCAAGACAACAAGUGGACACUUGCAUUUGAAGUUGGAGUGGCUUUCGUUAGUAAAUGACCAAGAAAAGCUACAUGAGGAUAAGAAGGGUCUUUCCACGGCAAUUCUGAUAGUCUACUUGGACAAUGCUUUCAACCUUCCAAAAAACCAGUUUGAGUACUCAAAUGGUGAAUAUGGAGCAAAGAAGCUGAAAACUAACAAGUAUCUGAAGAAGAUGGAGCGAGAGCCUUCCUCCUUCGUCCUGCUCACUGUAGGGAACACGACUCAGAAAAGCAAGACCUGCAACUUCAACAAAGACCCCACGUGGGGCCAGGCUUUCACCUUCUUUGUGCACAGCGCUCAGUCCCAGUCCCUGCACGUCGAGGUAAAAGACAAAGAUCGGGAUAGCAUCCUGGGAACUUCAGUGGUGUCUCUGUCCCACCUACUGAAGGACCCAAACCUGACCCUGGACCAGAGAUUCCAGCUGGAUCAUUCCAGUUCAGACAGCUUCAUUAAGAUGAAACUUGUGUUGCGAGCUGCCACGGAGCCGGGCAGCGAGGAGGACGCGGAGCCGCGGCUGUCGGCCGUGCUGCAGAGCAAGGGGGCGGCCGUGCCCACGCGGGCCCUUGUCCAGGAGAUCAGGCUCGCGCCCAGCGUCGCCUCGCUGGCUUCCCUGCCCUCUUCCUGCUUUGACCUGAGCAGCAGCAGCCUGGACAUUCAUAACGGGAGCGCGGUGCCUGUGGGGGAGAUCCAGCUCACGGUGCGCUACGCGGCCGCCCGGCAGAGCCUCGUCGUGCUGGUCAACGGCUGCAGAAACUUAGUGCCCUCUUGUAAUCGCGGAGUAGAUCCCUAUGUUCGCAUAUACCUGCUUCCAGAUAGAAGAUGGACAAGCAGAAAGAAGACCUCAGUGAAGAAAAGGACUCUGAACCCCCAGUAUGACGAAAAAUUUGAAUUUUUUGAAUCUUUGGAAGAAGUUAAGAAAAGGAGCCUUGACAUCGCAGUGAAGAACAGCAGGCCGUUCAUUUCAUUGGAAAAGAAGGAACUGGGAAAGGUGCGGAUUGACCUGUCCCAGGAAGACUUAAUCAAAGGUUUUGCCCAAUGGUAUGAGCUGACAAGAAGCAGACGCACGAAAAGCUGAUUUCUUCUCAUAUGCAUAAGUUACUAAUUUGUAAAGUUUAUACAAAUGUACAUAUCUUUUGUAAUUAAUGUGUUUUGAGCAGUCACUGCAAAUUUGGAGCACUUUCCUAU